CGCUCUUGCUCUCAAAGACCAUCACGACCCGUCUGCACCUCACCAACUGCAGUACCCUACACUCCUUCUGACCUCGAACACAACCCUCGCAGUGGUUGCGCGCCACGAUGUCGACGACAACCACGUCCGCCGCACCGUCUGCGUCUACCUCAACCGACACCACGGACAUAUCCAACGCCAAGGCAGCCAGCACCGACUCCUUCGUGACCGCUCUCGUCUUCAACGCCAUCGUCUUUGGUGCAGAAAUUGGUGUCUUUACUGUCCUCAGACCGUGGUUCAGGGCGAUCUAUGAGCCCCGUACAUACGUCCCGCCGCCGUCGAAGCGGUCCCCCACGAUAGAUGCCCUCGCAGGGCUGCGCAGGGUGUCGAACGCGACGCUAAGCAAGUUGGAUCCGAGGACUCUCCUCGCCUGGCCUAUCGCUGUGUACAAGGCCGAUGCAGAGGACAUCAUCCCCGCCUCCGGCCUCGAUGCCUACCUCUUCGUUCGCUUCCUCCGCAUGCUCACCCGCAUCUUCGCACCCAUAUGGGUCAUCAGCUGGCUCAUCCUGCUCCCUCUCGACGCAGUAGGUGGCAGCGGGGAUGGGUUGGAAAGAUUCACCUUCGGCAACGUCUCGCGCCAGAACACGAGCCGCUACUGGGCGCACCUCAUCCUCGCCUGGGUCUUCACGAUCCACAUCCUGCGCGUCCUCACGCGCGAGAUGGGCUACUUCGUCCGGAAGCGGCAGCAGUUCCUCGUCAGCAAGGCGCAUGCGGGGACGGCGCAGGCGGCGACUGUUCUGAUCACUGGCGUGCCGGCGUCGUAUCUGACGGAGGAUGCGCUGUGGAAGCUGUUCCGCGAUAUGCCGGGCGGGGUGAAGAAGAUGUGGAUCAAUCGCGACCUCGGCUCCCUCCCCGACGCUUACGACGAGCAGGUGGCCCUUUGUGCCAAGCUCGAGAGCGCGGAGACAGAGCUUGUGCGCAAUAGGGUUAAAGCUCGGAUAAAGGCGCAGGAAAAACUGGACAAGGAGGCGAAGAAAGGCAAGGGGAAGAAGGGCAAGAGCACCGACUCCCCGAGUGGCUCGCCGACCAUCGGCGCCACGAACGAAUCGUCUGGCAACAGCUCUGCGACGGCUACCGACGGCGCGAACGACCCCCUCAAAGAGGCAGAGCUCGCAGUUCCGCGGCCCACCCAUAGGCUGGGCUUCCUAGGCUUGUGGGGCGAGAAGGUGGACACGAUUGACUACUGCCGCAAGGAGAUCGCGCGGUUGGAGGUCGUGCUCGAGGAGGGGCGCGCGCGGCUCGCGGCGAUCAACGCGGCAUCGAGGGAGACCGCGCGGGCCAAUAUCGCGCGUGUCAAACGGGAGGAGAGGCGGAAGACGGGGAUCGCGCAUCCGGAGGAUCAUUUUGAGGUCGGCGGAGGCGCCAUUGAUGAUGCGGUGAACAAGGAGGGAGAGGGAGAGGGAGAGAAGGGCGCACCGGUAUUGCGGGUGUCGACGGAGGAGGGAGGCGCGAGGGGGAGUAUCGAGAGGGAUGUGUCGCCGGUGUCGAGGCCUUCGGAGGAGGAUGCGCUGGCGCCGAGGCCGUCGUUUGACCCGGGGACGCCGUUGCCGCAGGAUGAAGGUGUCCGCCACUCCCUCGAGACCGGCGAGACCUCCAUGGGCCGCACGUCCACCGCCACCGACCGCCAACGGCGCAAGUUCAUGGACGAGGGCGUCCGCCAGGUCGGCGAGGGCGUCAAGCAGGUCGGCAACGUCGGCAAGCAGGUCGGGAACGCCGGCCUCCAGGUCACGCGCGACGUCGGGUACGCGGGGCUGCAGGCGGGCAAGGACAUGACGCGCGAUCUCUCCUCGGUGGGCAAGCAGGUCGGCGAGGUCGGCAAGCAUGUGGGGAAGCAGGCGUUAGGCUUGGUCGGGCUGGCGUCGAAGGACGAUAGCUACCCGCCGUUGAAUAGUGCUUUCGUGACGUUCCAGAAGCAGAUCGGCGCGCAUAUGGCGGCGCAGGUUCUGCUGCACCACGAGCCGUACCGGAUGAGCAAGACGUAUAUUGAGAUGGCCCCCGACGAUGUCAUCUGGUCAAACCUGGGCAUGAACCCGUAUGAGGCGCGCGUGCGCAUAGCGAUCUCGUGGGCCGCGACGGGGGCGCUCAUCGUCUUCUGGGCGUUCCCUGUGGCGUUCGUCGGUAGUGUCAGCAACAUAUACACGCUGUGUGGCACGGUCAAAUGGUUGACGUGGAUAUGCGACCUGCCGACUGUGGUCACUAGUAUCAUUUCUGGUAUCCUUCCCCCCGUUGCGCUUGCCAUCCUGAUGGCACUUCUGCCCGUUGUGCUUCGCCUGCUCGCGCGCUUUGAGGGCGUGCCCAGGUAUUCGGGGCUCGAGCUGAGCUUGAUGACGCGGUACUUUAUCUUCCAGGUCGUCCACUCCUUCCUCGUCGUCACGCUCUCUUCUGGAAUCAUUGCUUCGCUCGAGGACUUGCUGAACAACCCGACUUCGAUCCCCAAUUUACUUGCAAGCAAUCUACCGAGCGCUAGCAAUUUCUUCUUGACCUAUAUCAUCUUGCAAGGUCUUUCGGGCACGGCCGCCGGCUUCUUGCAGAUCGUGCCCCUUGCGCUGUACUAUGUCAAGCUGUUCGUCUUGGGCAGUACUCCGAGGGCGGUUUAUGGAAUCAAGUACCAAUUACGUAACGUCGCUUGGGGCACCCUAUUCCCAGGUGUUACGCUGCUCAGUACUAUCGCCAUCGGGUACUCCAUCAUCUCACCAAUUAUCAACGGCCUCGCCUGCUUCACUUUCUUCGCCUUCUACGAGCUCUACAAGUACCUAUUCCUGUGGCAGCUGCAGCAGUCUCCCGCAUCUGACACCGGCGGCCUCUUCUUCCCCAAGGCAAUUCAGCACGUCUUCGUCGGCAUGUACGUGCAACAGGUCUGCCUGUGUGCGCUGUUCUUCCUCGUGCGGGACGACAACCACCAUGCGAAGGCGGUGCCGCAGGGCGCGCUUAUGGUCGUGCUGAUCAUCUUGACGGCCUUCUACAACCUCAUCCUGUCGAACUCGUAUGGCCCGCUGUUGAGUGCGCUGCCGCUUUCGUUGAAGGACAAGACGUUUGGGUAUGAGGAGGAUGAAGAUGAGGUGGACGAGAACGCCACGAACGGGAAGCGCAAGAGCACCUUUUACCAGGCCGCGGAAACCGAGAAGGGCGUCUCGAGCGCCGUUGAACCCCGCCAAAUUGCCGGUGGGGAGGGCGAGAAGAGGCGGACCACCUUCGCUAGCGACGGCAAGAACGAAAAGGACGUCAGCGUGCGAGACUUCGCUGCCGGAGACGUCGAGGCUGGCGAGGCUGGCCACGCCUACCCCCCGACCAAGGUGGAGGACCAGGGCGCCCCACGCGUGUUCCCCCAACCGAAGUCGGCGGAUGAGUACGGGUUCGCCCAUCCUGCGGCGUCGCGCCCGCAGCGUACGGUUUGGAUUCCGGCGGAUGAUCUUGGGCACGGCGAAGAGGAGGCUCGCGCAUGCCGAGACGCUGGUGUGAACGCCAGCACGCACGAUGCGAUCGUCGACCCGAAGGGCAAGGUGGACAUCCUCGGUCCGCCGCCCGACGUGGUCAGGGAAGACUAGACGCAAACAUCAGCUGCAGUUCUUCAAAUCUCUCGCUUCCAAUAUUUCUUGUCGAUACGUGCUUGAUGAUGAAGACGACGAAGAGACCUGACCAGCAUUCGGUCGGCUUAUGACUAACUACUUACUCGAUACCCUUUCCAAAGCUGUGCUUUCUCUCUUUACACGUAGAUUUACUGUAUACAUAGCGCUGCUGCGCUCACAGUAUUCAUACUGUACGUACUCACAAGAUGUAUCGCCCUAACGUCAAAUAGCUUUUGCUCGACGAGACUCCAUUGGCCUGCA